AUUCAUACUAAUCACGAUUCGCGAUUACGCAUUUCACUCAUUUUACUCAUUUUAGCAUUUACAGCUGCGAUUAACCAUCGUACGGCGAUACACGUUCAAAGUGUGCAUUCAACUUCAGUUUCGUCAACGAUCGUAGUUUUCUCUUCAACGAAUACUUCCAGUCAGUUUAAAAAUGUGGGGCGACGAUGAAGGUGGAUUUAAUGUCACUAUGACACAAAGUCCAACAACAGCAUCUGGAGUAGAACCAAAACAAAAUACUGUUAUUUCUGUAGCUAUUCGUGAAUUGCUUGAUAGUAACGAAGAAAACAAAAAUACACAUGUUGUAGUUGUUGGAAUUGUCAAGCAGGUUGAAACACAGACGUUAAAGAAUAUGUUUACAAUUGAAGACAACACUGGUCGCUUGUUAUGUAUUCAAUGGGGAGAUGAGAACGAAUUGUCAAGAUAUCCUAAGUUGAUUGAAAACGCAUAUUUUAAAGUAGUUGGUAGUAAAAGAAUUCAAAAUGACAAAGUCACACUGCUUUGUCAUAGUGUAAGACCUUUAGAAAGUCUUAAUGAAUUAACUCAUCAUUUAUUAAGUAUUAUUGCGUUACCAUAUCAAACCGAGGAAAUCAAUAUGGCUAGUGGGACUCAGCAGUCUACUGCAUCAAACCAAAAGGACUUCUUAAUCAGUGGUGAUAAUACUAAUGGAUUUAUGGAUACCACUAACAAUUUAUCCCUGAACCCAAGACAAUUAAAGGUUUAUACAGUGAUAAAGAGAUGCCAAGAUGAGGCUGGUUAUUCAGCAUCAGAUAUUCAAAAAAUACUUCCAGAGAAAAUGUCGUUGUCAGAAAUAGAAAAAAUUCUUUCAUUUUUUAUUGAAGAGGGACAUAUUUUCUCGACCAUUGAUGAGAAUCAUUACAAAGUCACUGAUUUCGGAAGUUAAUUGUUUAAUUUUUUGUACCUAUUAACACUUUUUAAGAAAUUGUAAACUAUGAAAUAAGUUAUCAUUUAAGCACAAUAAUUUUAAUGUACAAUAUCACUAAUACAGUAAAUUUUUAUUACUAAAAAUAAUCAAUACA